CUUGAUCGGCAUGAAAUAUGCUCAGACACACUCUCGUUUAUGUCGGUAUUAUUCUACAAACAGCUCCAAAUUAAACAAAGUCGUUAUAUGUGGUGGUGGUAUUGCUGGUCUUUCUGCAGCAUGGUUCUUGAAACAGUACCGUCCUCAUCUUGCUAUCACCGUGAUUGAACAGCAUUCCCAUCUAGGUGGAUGGGUGCACUCUAAUCGCCUGACUUCUGGAUAUGGACUGACUACCGAAUUGACUCGUGUUCAUCAUAAGCCUAUAAAGAAACCAUAUCCCGUCAUCAAGCAUCUGGUAGAGAUUGGUCCUCGCACUCUGCGUCCUAGCGGCAUUGUGGGUGCUUCUACUCUAGAAAUGAUUUAUAGCCUUGGGCUUUCAGACACCAUCAUGACUGUAUCCAAAACAUCCCCUGCCGCUAAAAACAGAUUCAUUUACUAUAAAAACGCUCUCAAUCAGCUCCCAGCUACCUUAUUUGGCAUGCUGACUUCAAAGCAACCCAUUCUUAAAGGCAUGCUGAAAUCCUUGAUUAAAGAACCUUUUCAGCCCAAAAGAUCUAUCCAAAAUACUCUAGAUUCCGUCAACGAUGAAACGAUCGAGUCCUUUGUGGUGCGUCGUCUUGAUCUACCAUCAACUUUCUUUGGGAAAUGGAGCAAUCUUUUGGAUCCAUCACAGCAGGUAUUCUUGCAAGUCUUGUUGGAUUGAAGCCAAAAACAACCAGCACAGACCUCAACGCGGAAGCGUUUAAAACUAUGCUUCAACAAAGCGAUGCU